AUGGCAGACGUCUUCACCCUUCUCUCACUCCCGAAGACCUCCAAGGCGUUCAGUGCUCUUCCCGCAGUCGGGAUCAGCGAGCGAGAGGGGUCCGCGUCUCCUCUCCGCAAGGUGCCCCGUCUGGACCGCGACUCUGACUCUGCUUCUGCAUCUAGGUCGCGAGCUGUGGCGGCGGAUGCGGGAGGGCGUGUCGCAAUUAAGGUGCUCGGGAUCCCUAUCAAACCGUCUACAGGCAGUCCUGGCGACAAGGACUUCGCCCUCGUCACCCGGAGCGUCCGGGUCCUUCUGGACAAGCAAAGCAGCGACGGUCUUCCCGUCGCUUACGAGUACAUAUACAGGGCAUGUCGCUCCGCUGUUGAUGUGUACAAUCGCGGCGAGGGCCUCUACGAGAACGUGAAGCUCGAGCUCGAGAAGUGCGUCGGCAGUCUAGCGAAGGAGCUGUUGCAGGACAGAUCAGGGGAUGUCGAAUGGUUGCUGUCUUUCAACGAGACUUGUGCUUGGUUUGACAAGCAAACAGCUAUCUUGCAAUCCGUCCUCACUUAUCUUGACCGGGUAUAUAUAGUACACAAGAAGAACACUCCUAGCAUCAAACGUCUCGUGUCCAACCUCUUUGCCGAGCGCAUCUUCGAGAACUCCAGCAUAGUCGAGCGGCUGCAUACUGGUAUCAGGACGUGGAUUGAAUGGGAACGCAAGGAGAGAGCGCCGCACAAGCUGCGCGAACACAUCCCCGCUCUCGUGCGGCACCUCUCGAGCCACAACCAGUACCUACCGAUAUUCGAGUCCUUCCUCCUCGACAUCACGAAACCCUAUUACGAAGCGGAGUCUGCGGAGCGCGCUGAGGUUCUACGUGGAGACGCACGGGACUUCCUCAAGCACUGCGAGGCGCGGCGCAAGGAAGAGGAGCAACGCGCGAAGGCUGUCCUGCCGGAGUCGAGUUGCCAAGAGAUCGUCCAUACGACGGACAAAGCGCUCCUGACUGGCCGGUUGGAUUGGCUUGCGAAGGAUGCGCUGAGUCGGCUCAUGAACGACAAGGCCGCGCAGAGGCUAGCGGUCAUGUACCAGCUCUUCGCGCGUGUGGCGGGGCAGAAGGUGCUCUGUGCUGCUUUCAAGCUCCAGUCCAGGUUCAAUACCGUCAAGGGUAUCGUGAAAGACAAGGAGCGCGACGAGGAGAUGGUCCAGAGAUUGCUCGACUUCAAGGCAUUCUGCGACAAGCUGUGUGCUGACGCCUUCGUGAACAUCGUCAAGGAGGGAUUCACCGACACCUCCAAGCUAGCUGCCUCGCCCGCCAAAGCCGGCUCCUCGUCCAAGGCUGCGGUCCCUACCACGAGGAAGGAUCUUAACAAGGACUUUAGCUACGCAGUGAUCGACGCGUUCGCGCUCGGGUUCAAGGCGCGGCGGAACAAGCCUGCGGAGAUGGUCGCCAAGUACAUCGAUCGCGCGAUGCGCAAGGGGCAGAAGGGCAAGCGCGACGAGGAGUUCCAGGCGGAACUCGAUGCGGCGCUGGGGCUGUACAGGUUCACGGACGACAAGGAUGUGUUCAGGACGUUCUACCAUCGGGCGUUGGCGAAGAGGUUGCUGUUGGAGCGAAGCGCGAGCGACGACUUUGAGAAGGCGAUGCUGAAGAAGUUGAAGGAGAGAUACGACCCGGAGUUCGGCAUGGGUGAUCAUAUGUUCAACGAUCUCGCGCUGUCGAGGGACCUCAUGAGGGAUACAACGGACAACCGGAGCUUCUGGCCUUUCGCGGCGAGACAGUACGACGUCGACAUUCCGCCAGCAAUGCAAGCUGAGCUCACCAAGUAUACGGCAUUCUACAAGAACAAGCAUUCGGGUCGCAAACUGGACUGGGAUCACACUCUUGGGACAGCGACGCUCAAGGCGAGGUUCAACAGCGGCGACAAGGAGCUGUCGGUCAGUCUGUACCAAGGCAUCGUCUUGUUGCUCUUCAAUGAGAGCGCGGAGCUGUCGUUCAAGGAGAUCAAAGACCAGACACGGAUGGAUGAUGCUGAACUGCGGCGGACCCUGCAGAGCCUUGCGCUUGGGAAGAAACGCGUGCUACGCAAGGUACCCGUGGGCAAGGAGGUCGGCGACGGCGACGACUUCCAUUACAACGCGGACUUUAGUGAUCCGCGCUAUCAAGUCCACAUCAACUCUAUCCAGGUGAAGGAGACGGCGGAGGAGAACAAACGGACGCAGACGGCCAUCGAGGGCGACCGGAAGCACGCGCUGGAUGCGGCGAUCGUGCGCGUGAUGAAGGCGCGCAAGGAGCUGCACUACGAGCAGCUGAAGGCGGCGACGAUCGACGCGGUGAAGAACCACUUCGUGCCGGAGGUGAGCGUUAUCAAGCAGCGGAUUGCGAGCUUGGUGGAGCAGGAGUACCUGCGGCGAGACGAGGACGACAUGAACAUGUACAUUUAUGUUGCUUAA